AUGCGGCUGCUCUGCGGGGGCCCUUCUGGGGGCCCCCGGCCUCCCCGUCUCCGCGGAUCGUUCUUGCUGCACAGCAGAGCAGCAGUAGCAGCAAAGACAUUCCUGCAACGGCAGCAGCAGCCUCCGCAGCAGCCUAACCAGCUGCAGCAGCGGCGCCUUGCCCUGCCAUUUGCUGGCUUUACAACCCACACCGCAGCAGCAGCAGCAGCUGCAGCAGCACCAGCAGCACCAGCAGACUCGCUUUCACAGCAAAAUAGGCCCCCCGUGAGGCUGCCACCUUAUGUUCAGCAGCUCACAUUGGGCUCUUGGACUUUUUUCUUUUAUCCUGUCCCUCAAUACCUCAAAUCCAUAGAAGGGGCCCUUGUCGGGGGCCCCCAUGGGGCCCUGCGGGGCCCCUUGGGGGCCCCGCGGGGGGGCCCCCAAGGGACCUUGCAGGGGGGCCCCCAGGGGGGCCCCGAAGGACUUCCUCAAGAAGGUCCAAGUGCCUGGGAGGGGGCUGUGCUUGUUGCUGAAAUGCAGCCUAGGCUGCUGUGCUUGGAGUGCUGCAGCAGCAGACUGCAGCAGCUAGCAGCAGCAGCAGCAGCAGCAACAGCAGCAGCAGCGGCAAGGGGGUCUUCCCUUGAAGCGGAGAUACGGAAGCAGCAGAGGCAACUCGCCAAGGGACUCUCGCUCCUCACCUCCUUUGAUGGCGGUUUGCUGCACGCAGCGCUGCUGCCAGUUGUCGUUGCUGCAGGGGCUCUGCAGGGUCUUGCAGGGGCCCCCGGGGGGCCCCCCAGGGGGGCCCCCCAAUUCUUCCAGGGGUCCCCCCCGUCGGCCUGUGGGGGCCCCCUGGGGGACUGCGGGUCCCCCCCAGCUGUGGAAGGGGACCCGCCGGGAGGGGCCUGCAGCAGCAGCAGGAAACAACUGCGGCGGCGACACACUUUGCUGCAGCAGCUGGCGGUUGCAGCACCUGAACAUUCCAGCAGCAAACUGCAGCUGCUGCCACUCGCUGCAGCGGCAAGCCGCCUAAUGCAUUCUACACAGGUGAGUGCAAAGACAGCCACAGAGCAGCAGCAGCUGCAGCAGCUGCUGCAGCAGACACGGCAGCAGCAAGAAGUUGCAGCUAACUUAGCAAAGGCAACAGCAGCCGCAGCGGUGGCAGCAGCAGCAGCAGCACCACCACCACCACCACACGGGGUGCAGCAGAAGCAACAGGCUUUCCAACAGCAGCACCAAAAGCACACCCAGCAGCAGCAGCAGUAG